AUGUCUGUCAACAAGGUUCACGCUCGCCAAAUCUUUGACUCUCGUGGCAACCCCACUGUCGAAGUCGAAGUUACCACCGACAAGGGUGUCUUCCGUGCUGCUGUUCCCUCUGGUGCCUCCACUGGUAUCCAUGAAGCUCUUGAACUCCGUGAUAACAUCAAGGCUGAUUACGUUGGCAAGGGUGUCUUGAAGGCUGUUGAGAACGUCAACAAGAAGAUUGGCCCUGCUUUGAUUGAUGCCAAGAUCCCUGUUGUUGACCAAAAGGCUGUUGAUGAGUUCAUGAUCAAGCUUGAUGGUACCAAGAACAAGAGCGAAUUGGGUGCCAAUGCCAUCUUGGGUGUCUCUCUUGCUGUUGCCAAGGCUGGUGCUGGUGAAAAGGGUGUGCCUUUGUACGUCCAUUUGGCUGACCUUGCUGGUUCCAAGAAGCCAUUUGUUCUCCCUGUGCCCGCUUUCAAUGUCAUCAACGGUGGCUCCCAUGCUGGUAACAAGCUUGCUAUGCAAGAAUUCAUGAUUUUGCCCACUGGUGCCAAGUCUUUCUCUGAAGCCAUGAAGAUGGGCUCUGAAGUAUACCAUACCUUGAAGGGUGUCAUCAAGGCCAAGUAUGGUCAAGAUGCUACCAAUGUCGGUGAUGAAGGUGGUUUUGCUCCCAACAUUCAAGACAACAAGGAAGGUCUUGAGCUUUUGGUUACUGCCAUUGAAAAGGCUGGCUACACUGGAAAGAUCAAGAUUGGUAUGGAUUGUGCUGCCUCUGAAUUCUACAAGGAUGGCAAGUAUGACUUGGAUUUCAAGAACCCCAAUUCGGAUCCUGCUACCUACCUCACUGGUGAACAGCUCUCUGAUUUGUACAAGUCCUUCUCUGAAAAGUACCCCAUUGUUUCCAUUGAAGAUGCCUUUGACCAAGAUGAUUGGGACAACUGGGCCCACCUUGAGAACACCUCUGAUUAUCAACUUGUUGGCGAUGAUUUGCUUGUCACCAACCCUGAGCGUAUUGCCACUGCUAUUGAAAAGAAGGCUUGCAAUGCCCUUUUGCUUAAGGUCAACCAAAUCGGUUCUCUCACUGAAAGUAUUCAAGCUGCAAAGGAUUCUCAAGCUGCUGGUUGGGGUGUGAUGGUCUCCCACCGUUCCGGUGAAACCGAAGAUACCACCAUUGCUGACUUGGUUGUUGGCUUGCGUACCGGCCAAAUCAAGACUGGUGCUCCUUGCCGCUCUGAACGUCUUGCCAAGUACAACCAACUUUUGCGCAUUGAGGAAGAACUUGGCGACAACGCUAUCUAUGCUGGCGAGAACUUCCGCAAGGCUCAUGAUUUGUAA